AUGGUUAAAUUCUCUUUCUUGUCUAUCGCCUUGGUUUACCUCGCUACAACUGUCAACGGUUUAACUUAUUCCGUUGAGGUUGGUGCAGGUGGUGUUGAUGCUUACACGCCAAACAACUUUGAUGCAAAUGUGGGAGAUACUGUAAAUGAAGAAAAUUCAUGUAUCAAAUCCGCCAAAGCAGGUGCUUUUUAUACGGAAUUAAUGACAGGUUCCGCAAGUGCUCCCCCGGAAGCCACAUGGAGUUUGGAUACUGCUGGGCCAAAAUACUACUUUUGCAGUUUUGCAACUCAUUGUUCUGUUGGUAAAAUGUACGCUACGAUCAAUGUCCUUGAAGAGGGAAAAACACCAAAAAAUCCCGGGGUAAAACAGCCUGACUCUCCUGUAAAGCAACCUGGUGCUCCAGCUGAUGAUACCCCGAAUGUACCAAAAACCUCACCUACUACUAACUCAACCUCUCCCGAUGCAGGAAAAUCCGCUCCAAAAUCAGCUGGUAGCGUUAGCAAACCAAUCCCAGUUGCAAUUGUUGGUGGUGCCAUGAUGUCUUUGGCCGGUUAUGUUCUUGUAAACUUAUAA